AUGGUGUCGGAGGGUUACCCUGGCGAAGAGGCCGGCUCUUCGUCAACGACGCAUCGUCGAAAUGUCGCUUCGUUCCAGAAAGUUCCCAGUAAAACAGAAGUUGUCAAGCUGGUACUUAAUAAAACAGACCAACACGCCUCUUCCUCCGCCUUUCUGUCAGCAGCAGGAAAUUCUGAUCCGGGAGGAGCUGCAGCAUCACCUAACGAAACAGCGGGUCGACCUCGCGUCUCGCUAUUAACUACGUGUAUUGUUCUGUUCGGGCCGUCGCUGAUUCUCCUGGCCAUUCUCAACAUCUCCGCCAGCUACGACCGCGAGAAGCUUCUCCGCCAGUCCAGCGCGGAGCUUGCGCGGAAGCAGCUGAUGCGCCAGCAACGCGGACAUUCCGGGACCAAUGGCGCAAAGUUGAAUGAGAGGCUCUGGCAGCAGGCACAGAAGCAAGGAGUGUUUUUGCCGGGUCAACCCGAGGAACUAAGUACACGGAAGCUCGAUUACAGGACAGAUGCUGACGUGGAAGGGGGAAACAUGCGCCACAUCGGAUCAAUAUCCAAUCCCUGCCUCACCAAGCGGCCGUUUCUGCAGCGGGCCUAUCAGGAGCCGCCACCUGUCUCGGGCGCUCCCAUUGGCCAGCACCGGUUCGUCAUGGCGGGUGGUUACCGCAUCAAUGGUAAUCAGUUCGCUGCUGUGGGACACUCGCUGCGGGAGUUGAAGGAAGAGGGAGGAAGUGGGGCCAGCAAAUGCUACUGGAUAGCAUUGGAUGGAGGGUACGCAGAGGGAAAAGUUAGGGUAAUUUACCCUUCGGAACACCACUGGCUGUUAUACGAGACGGCAAUUUACGAGUGUACUCUGCUGGUCAACAGCACCGGCACCACUGGAGGCACUGCCGUUCUCAUGCUAGACGAGCAGGCAGUGGUGAUGCACGAGGAGGAGCCAGAAGAGUUUCCCAUUGAUGCACCUCCCCCAUACAACCUGGCCUUCUGCUCCUACCCCAUGUACCGCCUCCUCAACCCAAAGACUGUUCAGGAGUGGCUGCAGAUAGCCCUGCACUACCUGCGUGUGGAAUACUUUGUUCUCAACGACGGUGCGUCUGUUGUGGAAGACAUUUACGAGGUCCUGGAGCCUUACAUAGCAGCAGGGAUGAUGGAGAUAUUGGACAUGCGGGGAGGGUACAAAUAUGAGUCCAAGCAAAACGUGCUUGUGUUGAAUAACUGCCUCUAUCGGGUGAAAUAUGUGUCCAAGUGGGUGAUCUUUGCUGACUUUGACGAGUUUCUCUACAUCCAGCCGCCCCAAACCCUCCAAGGGUUGUUGAACGAGCACUCUGGCGCGCCGUACCUCACCUUUGGCAGCCUCUGGUGGUCCAUUGAACGCUGCCGCCCUCAGCCCCCAUCGGAGCACUCUUAUCUUGAGCGAGUGCCCUUCCACUGGCCGCACAUCUACUGCGUAGGGCCCAAGAAUGCGGGUCAUGAGGAGGAUAAGUGCGUUAAUUACUUCGGGCAUCGGAAAGUUAUCGCCAACACAAAACUCGUCAAGGCCAUGCAGGUGCAUCGUACGAUUGAGCCAGUGGAUAAUGGAGUAGACUUGCCCGCGUCAUCUGGCCAUUUACUGAACCACUUCCAGGGCCUACUUCGAGGCGCAGCUGCUGCUCUCGCGGCUUACAUCCACUCCACCGGCCAUGCCGACCCUCCUAAGAACCUACCCAAGCUUGCCGACGAGGUUCCGUCGAGGCAGGUUCAGAAGUCAGCUCUCGCUGGGAGCAGCUCUGCGCGGCCAUUCGAUAUCCUCGUUAUAGGCGGCGGCGCUACUGGAGCUGGCGUGGCGUUGGACGCUGCUACGCGGGGCCUCCACGUGGCGAUGGUGGAGCGAGACGACUUCAGUUGUGGCACAUCCUCUAGAAGCACCAAACUCGUUCAUGGAGGCGUUCGUUACCUCGAAAAGGCCUUCCUUCGCAGAGAUCUCGCCCAGCUUCGCCUCGUGAACGAAGCCCUCGCAGAACGAGGCAUUCUGAUUCGCAACGCUCCGCACCUGGUCUGGCCGUUACCCACGCUCACGCCGUGCUACCAUUGGUGGGAGGUGCCGUACUACUGGGCCGGGCUUAAAGCGUAUGAUAUUAUAGCGGGGAAGAAGGUGCUCUACAUGUCCCGCGUGGUCACGGCAGCUGAAGCUACUGGGAUGGUUCCGACGCUUGCACACAAGGCACGAGACGGCCGCACGCUGAAGGCGGGAGUCCUGUACUACGAUGGGCAGAUGGACGACGCGCGGUUGAACCUCGCGCUCGCCACCACUGCAGCACGCGCAGGCGCAGUCGUGCUCAACCACGCGAGCGUGUCCGCGUUAAAGACAGACCCGACUGGGCGAGUGGAGGGCGCCGUGGUGAGGGACGAGCUGACGGGGAAGCAGGUGGACGUGCGCGCGAAGGUCGUGGUUAACGCGACAGGCGCUUACUGCGACAGCAUUCGCCGUAUGGCAGACCCCAACACUCCUCUCGCCGUCCUGGCUUCCUCUGGCUCGCACGUUGUUCUCCCCGACUUCUACCUGGGAGCAGCCUCAGGCAGCACGUCAGGCGCAGGGGCAGGCACUGCCAGCGGCAGCGGCGUCGGCGGCGGAAACGUGGGUCUGCUUAUACCGAAGACGGCGGACGGGAGGGUGAUGUUCAUGCUUCCGUGGCUGGGGAGGGUGGUGGCGGGAACGACAGACGCGCCUUCCGAGGUGGUGGAUGUGCCUGUUCCCACGGAGAAGGAGGUUCAAUUCAUCGUGGAUACCCUGAGCAACUACCUGGAUGUGGAUGUGCGCAAGGAAGAUGUCCUGUCUGUGUGGGGCGGGCUCCGCCCCCUUCUGCGGAAAGGGGUCAAGUCGAAAACACCCGCACAAGAAGAGGGUAAACCCGAGGGAGGUGCGGCAGGAGCAGGGAACCCGGAAGGGAUGAAGACAGAGGAGGGGCAGCAGACGGAAGGGAGCAAGGCAGAUACAUCGAAUGUGGUCCGAGAGCACACUGUGAUGGUGGAGGGAGGCACUCUCGUUACAGUCACAGGUGGCAAGUGGACCACGUACAGGAGCAUGGCAGAGGACACGGUCAACACAGCCAUUCGAGUCGGCAACCUCACAGCACCAACCACCAGCAGCCCCACCAACCCAUCAACCACCACCACCACCAGCAGCAGCAGCAGCAAUAGCACUCUCGCCCUACCUCCCAGCGUCACGGAGCAUCUGCCCCUCACAGGCGCUGCUGGCUUCACCCCUGCGCUCUUCUCCCAGCUCGCGCAGAACGCCGAUGUGCUGCGGGUGGCUCCUGACCGUCGGAUCCUCCCGUACCGGCUGGAUUCCGCGGUGGUGUACCACCUGGUGCGGUCUUAUGGGACGAAUGCAAGCAAAGUGAAGGAGAUAGCAACUACUGAGCUAUUGGCCGAGCGCCUUGCGCCAGGGUUCCCUGACAUUGAGGCUGAAGUAGUUUUUGCUGCCCGAAACGAGUUCUGCGAGACUGCAGCAGACUUCCUGUGUCGCCGAUCGCGUAUCGCCUUCCUGGAUGCUGAUGCUGCAAUGCAUGCCUUGCCACGUGUUGUCAAGCUAUUGGCCAAGGAGCAUGGUUGGGACAGCAAGAGGGAGAAGCAAGAGUUGGAAGCUGGGGCUAAGAGUGUGAAUCAGUUUCGCGCUUUUGCUGCUUCCAACGACGACGCUUCCACCGAGCUGCUCGCGACCUCCGCGCGAAUCUCUUUCCCCGACGACCUCCCACUUCCGGAGUUCCUGUCUGUUCCGUCCGACAAUCAACUGGACGUUAACGGUAACAUUAACGUUGACGAGGUUCCUGUCGGCGCAUUCGGAAACCUGGAAGAUCUGAUCGUCGAGGAGAGCUCAUCGUCUGCUGCCGCGGCUGCGGUUGCCGCGGGGUCUGCGGACGGCGCUGAUUGGAUCCUGAACUUGGAUCUGACGGACGAGACGAGCCUGAUCGCCGAGGUCAAUCUGGUUGACGAGCUGACUGCCGUUGAGCUGACUGGAAGGGAUCUGACUGCGACCGAGCUUGCCGCGAACGACGUGAGCCAGAUCGCAGUGAAACCGGACCUCGUGAAGGAGACUCGCGUGAUUCUCGAGAGCAAACUCAGCGAUGCGUGCCUUGGCGAUGCGCUCCGCGAUGCGCUCGGCGAUGCUGGCGACUUCCUUCUCGACGCGUUCCAUGCUACUGGUGGCGACGUCGACUUCUCGUCGCUGGACGUCGCAGGCGACGAGUUCCCGGAGCUUCUUGUCGAGCCGGCCUUGGCUAACAACGUCAUGUCGCAGCCUGAGGUGACACCUCAGCAAGGCCACGUGGCCAUUCCUCCUCCGCUCCCGGCGGUGCAGCCAAUGCGCAUCUCUCUGCUGCAGCUGCCCCCCGGUCGCGGCAGCGGAACGCAAAUCCCCUCCGCUGCUGCUGCUCUUGUCGCUCCGUCUGCUGCUCCUGUCGCUCCGUCUGCUGCUCCUGGUGCUGCUGUUGCUAUGUCCCAAGAGCGACUGUCCCCUGACGAAGCUCCUCUCGGAAAGCGGAAGCGGAAUCUGGAGUUUUCACCUGCAGCAAGUGACAAAUUCCAGCAGCAGCAGCAGCAGCAGCAGCAGCAGCCAUCCAAAGUUAGGCGCGUGGACCCUCCUUCCCCUGCGUCCGCUGUUUUAGCAGCAAAUGAAGAGCUGGACGUUGACUCGGGAUCGGAAGAGGGGGGUCUUUGGGAGGCUCUGGAGAAGCAGUUGAAGCCAGCCUCGUCGGAUGAAACGCCGUGUCAGUGCCUGGCGUGUCAGUGCAAGUCAGAGGAGGACCGGAUGUUUCUGCUGACAGGGAAGCGGACGCCAAAAGCUUAUGCCGAUGCUGCUGGGAGCAAGAAACGUUCUGGAUUGAAGAGGAAAGGUCGGUCUAUGGCUAAGGGGAACGGUGGAGAUUCUGUGGUUGAUGUUAAUGAUAUUCUUGGGGAGCUUGCACAGAUUCCGCUGCUGCUGGAUUUGACGGAUCUUCCUGAACUUCCGGAAGGAGACUUGGGUGCGUGCGCUACGUUUUGGGAAGGAGCUGACGUGGCAGUGGUUAGAGGUGGUGGUGGUGAUGGUGGUGAUAGUGGUGAUUGUGGGUCGGAGGAAGCCGAAGGAAAGCACAGCUCUGGAUUUGGGAAGCGGUUGAGUCAAAUGGAUGUGACUGAAGUGGUGGAUCAGUGCAGGGUGUGGCUGCAUGAAGCGCUGCAGAGCCCUGGGUGUGACUCUAUUGAUGUCGACUUUUGCUUGAAGGUGGUGGGAGAGGUGAAGGCAGAAACGGUGGAGGGAGCCAAGCCGAUGGAGCUUGUGGUAGAGGAUGGAGUUCCUCUUGACCGCAACGUUGAUACACUCAGCAUGGCUCCGUCAUCUGGUGGAAAGGGAAAAGCGGAUGAGGGGGGUUCUGGAAGAGGAGCCGUGGGGAGCGGAAGGGGAUCAGGGGGGAAUCUUACCCCUGAGGCGGCGCAGAAGCAGCUGCAGGCGCGGUGGGAGCGGAUAGAGGAGGCGUUGGGGGAGCUUCCGGAGGAUGACGAGGCGGAGGAGAAACUGAUGGCUCUCAAGGGGCAAUGGUUCACCGAUGCCUUUGCCUUCCUCUCCGCGCUUCCCCCUUCCUCUCACCUCUGGUGCCGCCACCUCACCCUCACCCAACCACUUCUGGAGCCUGUCUACCACUACCACUCCGGCCCGCCCGAGUUGGAGCAACGUUCCGUUCACCGAUGCCUUUGCCUUCCUCUCCGCGCUCCCCCCCUCCUCCCACCUGUGGUGCCGCCACCGCGCCCUCACUCAGCCCCUCCUCGAAUCUUUCUACCACUUCCACUCCGGUCCACCCGACACCCGCGCCACGCUCCACACCCUCUGGGCGCGCAUGGCGGGGGAAAUGCGCGCCUGCACGCGCUGUGUGGCUCUCUUCUCAAUUCAGAACCCCCACUUCCCCCGUCCUCUCUCUCACUUCUCCCCUCCCUGCUCCCUCCCAGGUUUACCGAUGCCUUUGCAUUCCUCUCUGCACUCCCCCCCUCCUCCCACCUGUGGUGCCGCCACCGCACCCUCACUCAGCCCCUCCUCGAACCUUUCUACCACUUCCACUCCGGUCCGCCCGACACGCGCGCCACCCUGCACACCCUCUGGGCGCGCAUGGCGGGGGAGAUGCGCGCCUGCACGCGCUGUGUGGCUCGAUACCACGCGGCGAAGCAGGUUUACGAGGAGGAGUAUGUGGAGGAGGUGGUGGGGCCUGUGUUGGACACGCUGAGGAGGUUGGAUGAGGAGAGGGUGGCUGGGGAGCUGAGGGCGCUGGUGGGUCGGGCGGGUGGAGGGGCUGGUGGAGGUGUUGGAGCCAGUUCUGGUGGUGUUUCGAGCGGUGCUGGUGGUGUUUUGAGCGGUUCUGGGGGUGUUGCUAGUGGUGCUGGGAGCAGUGGGAGUGGGGGGCAGGUCUUGGAUGCGGAGAGGGACGGGCCGGGGUUGAUAUGCCUCAUGUUCGAGCUGCUCAUGUAUCCGCGAGUGCUGGAGGAUGCAGAGGUGUUUGCCCUUGCUGGCCCGGCUCUGGUGCUCGUGGAAAGGCACUUCGACCUGUCACUCACCCCGGGACAGAGAUACCCGCUGCUCAUGUACCCGCGUGUACUGGAGGAUGCCGAGUUGUUUGCCCUCGCUGGACCUGCUCUGCUGCUCAUGUACCCGCGUGUGCUGGAGGACGCAGAGGUGUUUGCUCUUGCUGGACCUGCUCUGGUGCUCGUGGAAAGGCACUUUGAUCUGUCACUCACCCCGGGCCAGCGAUACCCGCUCAUGUACCCGCGUGUGCUAGAGGAUGCCAAGGUGUUUGCCCUCGCCGGCCCUGCUCUGGGUCUCUACCAUCUCAUGCUGCACCCCUGCAAGGACACUCGCGCCAUCGUCUAUACCCUCGCCAAACCCCUCGGCCUCUUCAAAACAGCAGCAGAUCUGAGGCCCAUCGACCCUCUGCUGCAGCAGUGCAUGCACGCCCUGGAGUACGACCUCUUUGAUACAGGCACACCCGCUACUGGCACUGGUACAGGCUCGGGAACAGGCUCGGGGACAGGUUCGGCAACAGGCUUGGGAAGAGCCGGUGUUGCUGGUGGCGCCGCUGCUGCUGCCAGUGCCCACAGGGGAGCAGGAGUGGGGGGUGGGGGGGAAAUGGUCGAGCGGCCUCGUGUGGUGCAUUCAAAGGAGGACAUGUGGCAGGGACUUCUCACGAUCCUCUCCCUCAUGGCGCCAUCAGCACUGGACGAGGGCGUGGUGGAGCGCUAUCCUGCCUUUGUGAGCAUAGUGCUCAACCACGUGGGGGAGGACACCUCUGUGUUCCGGCCUGCCCUGGCUUGCCUCAGGAUGAUGCUGCAAGUCACAGGUUACAAGCUCUGGCUGCACUCCGCCUUCCCGCCCGGAGUGGUGCGCAACACACUCAUCUCGCAGUGCUUCAACUCCUCCCACGAGCCCACCCACAAGCUCCUGCUCGACCUCCUGCCGCCCUUCCUGCAGUCGGUUGAGUCACUAGAGACGGAGGAGUUUGAGAGGCAGAGGCGCAGCAUCCUCUUCUUUCUGCUCAUCCAGCUGCCCAACAGCCGCAACUUCAGCACCACCACCAUCAAGAUCGCUCGCCGGAUCGCAUUCAACCUCAUCCUUCACUCCUACCUCCUGUCCCCUCCUCUCCCGCCCACCGACUGUGCUGACAUCUGGGGGCCACUCCUCGUGGGGGCAGUCAAGGACGCAUCUCUCCCCGACCCCCUCCGCCUGCCAGCCAUCCACCUAGCUCAAGCAAUCAUCACUGCUGAUACUGCCGCCCUCACCUCCCUCGCUCUCUCCCGAGCCUUCACGGGUGCUUUGUCACAAGGUUCGGGCGCAGGCUCUGGUUUUGGCUCGGGUGUUCCGAGCGUAUUUUCGCGGUCGCUGGUUUGCCCAGGGGAUGGAGAGGAGGGAGGGCAGGGAGGGGAGGGGGGCGAGGGUGGUGCUGCUGGUAUUGCUGGCGCUGACACUAGCACAUGCCAAAUUUCUUCCUCCUCCACCUCCUCAAUUUCGGAAGGAUUGCCUCAAGACCAACUGGAUCGGCUUGCUGAGGUGGCAGCGGCAGAGAGCGACAGGUGGCAGUGUGCUCCGGCACUCUGGGUGGAGCUAUUAGAGCGAACUCCCCCCCAGUGGUUACCAAAACCGUUACUCCGAGCAGCUGUUUGGGCGGCAGGACAUUUCUGCCUCUCUGCUUCCGCAGCAGCAGCUGCUGCUGGUUCUGCUGGUGCUACUGGUGCUGCUGGUGCUGUUGGGAGUAAGAUUAGCACCCCGGCGGUUACCAGCAGCCCUGCUGUUACCAGUAGUGCGGUGGUUACAGCUGCUCUGCACUGGAGAUUGGCUCCUGGGGCUGGGGGAGGGGGGCGAGGGGCGAAGGCAGGGUGUGUGAAUGAGGUGGCGGCAGCAGCACAUGAAGAGGAGUUGAGCGUCAUUCUGCAGAGGAGCGUGUCCUCAUGCCUCGUCCAGAUCAGAGGCGCCAAUCGGCUCAAGCUGCUGACGUGGCAUGCCAGCCUGGCAGAGCCUCUCAUCUUCCUCCUCAUCGACUUCCAAUUGGUUCUUGCAUCAUCCCCGUACCUUACCCCACCUUUCCCCUACCCCUCACCCCCCCAAUCCUUUCGCCUCACGUCCCUCUGCGUAAACCACCGCACUGACCACCACAUCAGCUUGCCUUCCUUUAUCUGUACAACUGUUGCACCUUUCCCCCUCUCCCCAUCCCAGCCCAACAGGGACAUGGCUCGGGAGCUCCUCACCUCGCUCUGCAGGGACCACCAGCUCACUUUCUUUUUGUGCCCUGCGCACUUCCCCUCCUUCCACCUCUCCCCAUUCCAGCCCAACAGGGACAUGGCUUGGGAGCUCCUCACCUCGCUCUGCAGGGACCACCAUCUCACUUUCUUCUGCUUGUGCCCUGCGCACUUCCCCUCCUUCCACCUCUCCCUCCCAGCCCAACAGGGACAUGGCUCGCGAGCUCCUCACCUCGCUCUGCAGGGACCACCAGCUCACUUUCUUCUUGUGCCCUGCGCACUUCCCCUCCUUCCACCUCUCCCCAUUCCAGCCCAACAGGGACAUGGCUCGCGAGCUCCUCACCUCGCUCUGCAGGGACCACCAGCUCACUUUCUUCUUGUGCCCUGCGCACUUCCCCUCCUUCCACCUCUCCCCAUUCCAGCCCAACAGGGACAUGGCUCGCGAGCUCCUUACCUCGCUCUGCAGGGACCACCAUCUCACUUUCUUCUGCUUGUGCCCUGCGCACUUCCCCUCCUUCCACCUCUCCCUCCCAGCCCAACAGGGACAUGGCUCGCGAGCUCCUCACCUCGCUCUGCAGGGACCACCAGCUCACUUUCUUCUUGUGCCCUGCGCACUUCCCCUCCUUCCACCUCUCCCCAUUCCAGCCCAACAGGGACAUGGCUCGCGAGCUCCUCACCUCGCUCUGCAGGGACCACCAUCUCACUUUCUUCUGCUUGUGCCCUGCGCACUUCCCCUCCUUCCACCUCUCCCUCCCAGCCCAACAGGGACAUGGCUCGCGAGCUCCUCACCUCGCUCUGCAGGGACCACCAGCUCACUUUCUUCUUGUGCCCUGCGCACUUCCCCUCCUUCCACCUCUCCCCGUUCCAGCCCAACAGGGACAUGGCUCGCGAGCUCCUCACCUCGCUCUGCAGGGACCACCAGCUCACUUUCUUCUUGUGCCCUGCGCACUUCCCCUCCUUCCACCUCUCCCCAUUCCAGCCCAACAGGGACAUGGCUCGCGAGCUCCUUACCUCGCUCUGCAGGGACCACCAUCUCACUUUCUUCUGCUUGUGCCCUGCGCACUUCCCCUCCUUCCACCUCUCCCUCCCAGCCCAACAGGGACAUGGCUCGCGAGCUCCUCACCUCGCUCUGCAGGGACCACCAGCUCACUUUCUUCUUGUGCCCUGCGCACUUCCCCUCCUUCCACCUCUCCCCAUUCCAGCCCAACAGGGACAUGGCUCGCGAGCUCCUCACCUCUCUCUGCAGGGACCACCAGCUCACUUUCUUCUUGUGCCCUGCGCACUUCCCCUCCUUCCACCUCUCCCCAUUCCAGCCCAACAGGGACAUGGCUCGCGAGCUCCUUACCUCGCUCUGCAGGGACCACCAUCUCACUUUCUUCUGCUUGUGCCCUGCGCACUUCCCCUCCUUCCACCUCUCCCUCCCAGCCCAACAGGGACAUGGCUCGCGAGCUCCUCACCUCGCUCUGCAGGGACCACCAGCUCACUUUCUUCUUGUGCCCUGCGCACUUCCCCUCCUUCCACCUCUCCCCAUUCCAGCCCAACAGGGACAUGGCUCGCGAGCUCCUCACCUCGCUCUGCAGGGACCACCAGCUCACUUUCUUCUUGUGCCCUGCGCACUUCCCCUCCUUCCACCUCUCCCCAUUCCAGCCCAACAGGGACAUGGCUCGCGAGCUCCUUACCUCGCUCUGCAGGGACCACCAUCUCACUUUCUUCUGCUUGUGCCCUGCGCACUUCCCCUCCUUCCACCUCUCCCUCCCAGCCCAACAGGGACAUGGCUCGCGAGCUCCUCACCUCGCUCUGCAGGGACCACCAGCUCACUUUCUUCUUGUGCCCUGCGCACUUCCCCUCCUUCCACCUCUCCCCAUUCCAGCCCAACAGGGACAUGGCUCGCGAGCUCCUCACCUCGCUCUGCAGGGACCACCAGCUCACUUUCUUCUUGUGCCCUGCGCACUUCCCCUCCUUCCACCUCUCCCCAUCUCCCAGCCCAACAGGGACAUGGCUCGCGAGCUCCUCACCUCGCUCUGCAGGGACCACCAGCUCACUUUCUUCUUGUGCCCUGCGCACUUCCCCUCCUUCCACCUCUCCCCGUUCCAGCCCAACAGGGACAUGGCUCGCGAGCUCCUCACCUCGCUCUGCAGGGACCACCAGCUCACUUUCUUCUUGUGCCCUGCGCACUUCCCCUCCUUCCACCUCUCCCCAUCUCCCAGCCCAACAGGGACAUGGCUCGCGAGCUCCUCACCUCGCUCUGCAGGGACCACCAGCUCACUUUCUUCUUGUGCCCUGCGCACUUCCCCUCCUUCCACCUCUCCCCAUCUCCCAGCCCAACAGGGACAUGGCUCGCGAGCUCCUCACCUCGCUCUGCAGGGACCACCAGCUCGCCUUCCUUGCUGCAUCCCUUGUGCGUCCCUCUCCCCACUGUUCCCCCUCUACCCUUUCCACCUCCCUCCCCAGCCCAACAGGGACAUGGCUCGCGAGCUCCUCACCUCGCUCUGCAGGGACCACCAGCUCACUUUCUUCUUGUGCCCUGCGCACUUCCCCUCCUUCCACCUCUCCCCAUCUCCCAGCCCUACAGGGACAUGGCUCGCGAGCUCCUCACCUCGCUCUGCAGGGACCACCAGCUCACUUUCCUUGCUGCAUCCCUUGUGCGUCCCUCUCCCCACUGUUCCCCCUCUACCCUUUCCACCUCCCUCCCCAGCCCAACAGGGACAUGGCUCGAGAGUUGCUAACCUCCCUCUGCAGGGACCAUCGCAUCGACCACCAACUCGCCUUCCUCCCUCCCCAUACCCCCCGAACCUCUCCCCAUGCCCCAAACCCCUCCCAACCUCCCUUCACCCAGCCCAACAGGGACAUGGCUCGCGAGCUCCUCACUUCACUGUGCAGGGAUCACCGCAUUGACCACCAGCUCGCCUUCCUCGCCUCCUCCCCUGCCUCUGCCCGCGGGCUCGUUCGGGCGUUUGCCAAGGCGGCUGCUGUGCCCCUGCCUUCUUUUACCGUUCUCCGCCCCUACUCUUUCCAUGCCCCUCCCACCCACCAGCUCGCCCUUGACCCCACAGGCAAGCAGGCAUCGAUCAUCCAAGGCCUUCUCUUCCACGCUUCCAAGCUCCUCGGCCCGCCCUCCCACCAUCCCGCUCCGUCCUUGUAUCCACCCAUCAUUCGUUCUCUCCGCAUGCACCUACCCACCUACCAGUUGUCCCUGGACCCCACAGGCAAGCAAGCAUCAAUCAUCCAGGGCCUUCUCUUCUACGCAUCCAAGCUCCUCGGCCCUCCCUCCGUACACCUCUCCUGCAUCCCUCCACCGCACUCCACUCCUCUGCCCAGUCCCUCUCCUCCCUCACCUAGCCUCAUGGCUAAAUCUGGAGGGGAGAUUAUGGAGGUGUGGAGGGCGGUGGGAUGGGAUGUAUCCCGUGUGCUGUGGCCCAUGGUGGCUUUUCUCGUGUGGCGUUGCAGGGCAUGUGCUGAUACCAUCACCACUGGCGGCCAGAUGUCAUUAUACGCUGAUACCAUCGCCUACGCCUCUCCCUUUUUUCUCCUGCCUCCUUCCCUUCCCCUUCCCUCCCAUGCCUUCCCCUCCCCUGCAUUCCCAUCCUCGUCUAUCCCUUCACCAGAAGCUCGCAUUUGUCCGUCUGUUCGAGAUCCUUCCCCUGGCCGUGAACCAUCUACUCCCUUUCCUCCCAUUGGAAUCUCACCCUCUUCCUUCCCCUCCCUGCUUUCCCCUCCCUCCCUCCCUCUCUCUGCAUUCCCCUCCCUUCACCAGAAGCUCGUAUUCGUCCGUCUGUUCGAGAUUCUUCCCCUGGCCGUGAACCAUCUCCUCCCUUCCUCCUCUUCCAUCACGAGCAGUAGCAGCAGCACUCCCAAAGCUGCUGCCACUGCUGCUGCUAUAAACACCACUGCCUCACCCCAUCCAACUGCCCCUGGGCUUUUCAAAGUUCCAAGUAUGGGUUGCGAUGGUAAACUCUCUCUCUUCCCCCUCGCUGCUUCUUCCCCGGAGAAUCCGAACCUGCUUCUGGAACGGAGCAUCGGCCAAACCUGGGGUGGAGGCUCGGCAGGGCGACGGAUUGCAUGGUUUGGGGAUGGGGGUAUGGGUGGUGCGGGGGCUGGAGGGAGAGAGGAGCAAGCUGAUUGGGUGGCUGACGUGGCAGCUUGUGUGACUGUAAAGGACGGGUCUAUACUGCAUCGAUGGGUGGAUGCUUCAGCAACAGUGCUGAAAGCGUUACAGGUUACAUGGAACAUCAUAAGUGGUGGGAAGGGGACUGCCAGAAAGGGGAAGGGAGGAGUGGUCGAGACUAUAGAUCUAGACGAUGUUGAGGAGGGUGCUGCUGGGUUGGAUGGUACUGGGGUGAAAGCAGUUGGGCAGGAAAUUAAGGGAGAGGAGAAGGAGAGACUGGGUGAGACGAGUAUGGAGGAGCUAGCAGAGGAAGAGAUGGAGGAGGAGGAGGAGGAGGAGGAAGAGGAGGAGGAGGAGGAAGAGGAGGAGUUGAUGGGGGAGGAAGAUGAGGAGGAGGAGGAUGAGGUGCCGAUAGGGCAGCUGAAGCGAGGCAGUAAAGGUGGGGGCGCAGAGGCUGAGACUCCAUCUGGGGCAGCGAAGCAGCGGCGCCGAAACACUCUCGAGAAAUACCUGCGCACACAAAUUGCAGGAGCAGCAGCUGCUACUGCUGGUGGCACUACUGCCACUGGGAAUUUGAGGGCUGGACCGAGGCUUGGUGCAGGCGGGGUGGUUUUCAAAAAGCCGCGAAGCCUGCUUAACAGGAAGGCAGGCACAAUGAAAGGGGCAGGCGGAGGGGGAAAGCUGUCAGCGAUUCGAGAGUCGCACAAGGCAGAGGUGGAGCAGAGGAACAGUGCUUUGGGGGACGUGCAGCGGCAAAUCAGAGAGCGACAGCUGGCGGAGAGGCUGAAGCAGCAGCAGCAGGGCGGGGCAGGGGGGGCUGGUGCAGCAGCGGAUCCGUUUGCAUUCACUGUGGAGCAACCCUCAGUUGCAGGUUUACCUGGUGCAGGCUUAUCUGGUGCAGGCUUAUCUGGCAAAGCCCCUGUUCCACCAAUGGUGGCACGGUCAGCAGCAGCAGCAGCUGCAGGGGCAGGUGGAGCAGGGGCAGCAGGAGCAGCAGGGGCAGCAGGGGCAGGAAAACCGAAGGCAGCCGUGCUUCUAGAGGUGUUAGCAGAUGAUGACUUAGAUGCAGAGUUGGAAAGAGAAGCAGCCAAGGCAAGGAGGCCAGGAGGAAAGCUUUCGAUAGUCUCUCCCCUUCUCCCGCUCUCCCCAACCCCUCGUCCUCCCUGCGGUUUCUCCCUCUUUUCGCAGGUGGAGAGGAGAGAAUACGAGCGGGAAUCGCGCGCUAUGGUCAUCCAGCUACGCCUCUUCCUGCCCCCCACCGCCUCACCUCGUCUCACACGCUGCAAGCAACUACUGGGCGACCGCAGCUGCUGGCACGUCACGCGCAUCCUCUCCCUCGUGCCCCACAUGCGCGAGUCCCAGGCCCUCGCUGCCCUCUCUCACUUGCUCCCUUCUCCCGCCUUGCCCCACCCCUCUUCUCAGGUGGAGAGGAGAGAGUACGAGAGGGAGUCACGGGCAAUGAUUAUUCAGUUACGUCUCUUCCUCCCACAUACCGCGUCGCCUCGCCUGGCGCGCUGCAAGCAGCUGAUGGGCGACCGCAGCUGCUGGCACGUCACGCGCAUCCUCUCCCUCGUGCCCCACAUGCGCGAGUUCCAGGCCCUCGCUGCCCUCUCUCACUUGCUCCCUCAUCCCGCCUUGCCCCACCCCUCUUCUCAGGUGGAGAGGAGAGAGUACGAGAGGGAGUCACGGGCAAUGAUUAUUCAGUUACGUCUCUUCCUCCCACAUACCGCGUCGCCUCGCCUGGCGCGCUGCAAGCAGCUGAUGGGCGACCGCAGCUGCUGGCACGUCACGCGCAUCCUCUCCCUCGUGCCCCACAUGCGCGAGUUCCAGGCCCUCGCUGCCCUCUCUCACUUGCUCCCUUCUCCCGCCUUGCCCCACCCCUCUUCUCAGGUGGAGAGGAGAGAGUACGAGAGGGAGUCACGGGCAAUGAUUAUUCAGUUACGUCUCUUCCUCCCACAUACCGCGUCGCCUCGCCUGGCGCGCUGCAAGCAGCUGAUGGGCGACCGCAGCUGCUGGCACGUCACGCGCAUCCUCUCCUUCGUGCCCCACAUGCGCGAGUUCCAGGCCCUCGCUGCCCUCUCUCACUUGCUCCCUCAUCCCGCCUUGCCCCACCCCUCUUCUCAGGUGGAGAGGAGAGAGUACGAGAGGGAGUCACGGGCAAUGAUUAUUCAGUUACGUCUCUUCCUCCCACAUACCGCGUCGCCUCGCCUGGCGCGCUGCAAGCAGCUGAUGGGCGACCGCAGCUGCUGGCACGUCACGCGCAUCCUCUCCCUCGUGCCGCACAUGCGCGAGUUCCAGGCCCUCGCUGCCCUCUCUCACUUGCUCCCUUCUCCCGCCUUGCCCCACCCCUCUUCUCAGGUGGAGAGGAGAGAGUACGAGAGGGAGUCACGGGCAAUGAUUAUUCAGUUACGUCUCUUCCUCCCACAUACCGCGUCGCCUCGCCUGGCGCGCUGCAAGCAGCUGAUGGGCGACCGCAGCUGCUGGCACGUCACGCGCAUCCUCUCCCUCGUGCCCCACAUGCGCGAGUUCCAGGCCCUCGCUGCCCUCUCUCACUUGCUCCCUUCUCCCGCCUUGCCCCACCCCUCUUCUCAGGUGGAGAGGAGAGAGUACGAGAGGGAGUCAUGGGCAAUGAUUAUUCAGUUACGUCUCUUCCUCCCACAUACCGCGUCGCCUCGCCUGGCGCGCUGCAAGCAGCUGAUGGGCGACCGCAGCUGCUGGCACGUCACGCGCAUCCUCUCCCUCGUGCCCCACAUGCGCGAGUUCCAGGCCCUCGCUGCCCUCUCUCACUUGCUCCCUUCUCCCGCCUUGCCCCACCCCUCUUCUCAGGUGGAGAGGAGAGAGUACGAGAGGGAGUCACGGGCAAUGAUUAUUCAGUUACGUCUCUUCCUCCCACAUACCGCGUCGCCUCGCCUGGCGCGCUGCAAGCAGCUGAUGGGCGACCGCAGCUGCUGGCACGUCACGCGCAUCCUCUCCCUCGUGCCGCACAUGCGCGAGUUCCAGGCCCUCGCUGCCCUCUCUCACUUGCUCCCUUCUCCCGCCUUGCCCCACCCCUCUUCUCAGGUGGAGAGGAGAGAGUACGAGAGGGAGUCACGGGCAAUGAUUAUUCAGUUACGUCUCUUCCUCCCACAUACCGCGUCGCCUCGCCUGGCGCGCUGCAAGCAGCUGAUGGGCGACCGCAGCUGCUGGCACGUCACGCGCAUCCUCUCCCUCGUGCCCCACAUGCGCGAGUUCCAGGCCCUCGCUGCCCUCUCUCACUUGCUCCCUUCUCCCGCCUUGCCCCACCCCUCUUCUCAGGUGGAGAGGAGAGAGUACGAGAGGGAGUCAUGGGCAAUGAUUAUUCAGUUACGUCUCUUCCUCCCACAUACCGCGUCGCCUCGCCUGGCGCGCUGCAAGCAGCUGAUGGGCGACCGCAGCUGCUGGCACGUCACGCGCAUCCUCUCCCUCGUGCCCCACAUGCGCGAGUUCCAGGCCCUCGCUGCCCUCUCUCACUUGCUCCCUUCUCCCGCCUUGCCCCACCCCUCUUCUCAGGUGGAGAGGAGAGAGUACGAGAGGGAGUCACGGGCAAUGAUUAUUCAGUUACGUCUCUUCCUCCCACAUACCGCGUCGCCUCGCCUGGCGCGCUGCAAGCAGCUGAUGGGCGACCGCAGCUGCUGGCACGUCACGCGCAUCCUCUCCCUCGUGCCCCACAUGCGCGAGUUCCAGGCCCUCGCUGCCCUCUCUCACUUGCUCCCUUCUCCCGCCUUGCCCCACCCCUCUUCUCAGGUGGAGAGGAGAGAGUACGAGAGGGAGUCACGGGCAAUGAUUAUUCAGUUACAGGCGAUUCGGCAGCUGGUAUUGGUACAGGGACCGCCGGGGACAGGCAAGACCCGCACCAUCGUUGCCAUCAUCACAGCCCUUCUAGCCUGCAAGAAGAAAACACAACCAGGGAGUCAGGAGCACUCGAGAGCAGGAGAAGACAAGGGAGCUGGUUGGGAUUUGAAAGAGCCGAGGGUUAGGCAGCUUGGGAGGGCGCCGGGGUUGAGGGGUGGGGCGGGUGGGGGUGGGGGAGGAGGGGGAUUGGGUGGGGAGGGGAGGAGGGUGGGUACUGCAGUGGCUAUGGCGCUCGAGGAGGGGGAGCGGGAGGAGGUAGUGGAGUGGGAGGAAGGGGGAGGGGGAGGGGGAGGGGGAGAGGGGGCAGGAGGGGCAGGGGGGAAGAAGCUGCGGACGAGGGUGCUGGUGUGUGCGCAAUCCAACGCUGCAGUAGAUGAAAUCAUAUCUAGAAUCUUCCGAGCCCAUGCAGAAGCAGCCAAAGAUGGGGAGGAUGAGACGGCGCGAUCUCAACCGUCGGUUGUGCGCGUCGGGAACGUGUCAGCCGUCCAUCCGGACUCUCUGCAUAUUCACAUUGAUACACUUGUGGCUAAGAGGCUUGCGAAAGAAGCAGCUGCGCGUGGUGUGAAUGUAGGCAGUGGUGGUGACAGUAACGAAGGGGGGAGAGAGGGUGGUGGUGGGGUUUUGAGUGAGAAGGAUUGGAGGGACGUGUUUGGUGAUGGGGCGUUUUCUGCCGGUGGUGCUCGCGGUGGUGUUGACACCCGUGGGGGCACAGGCAGUGGUGCUGCUGGUGCUGGUGGUGCUGCUGGUGCGAGUGGUGGUUUAGGGACAGAGAGUGCAGUAAGGGAGAGAGUGGCGCAGUUAAGACAGCAGCUAGAGCGUGCCUUUGAGGUGAUCAGAGCAGUAGAGGCUCUUAGAUGCAAGAAACGUUCAGGGGAGGAUGGGGAGGGUGGGGAGGAGGGAAGAGCGGAGGAUGCGGAUGGAGGGAAGGGUGGUGGUGCGAGGGAGAGGAGAAGGGAGGGUGGAAGGGGAGGGGGAGAGGAGGAGAAAACGGCUGAGGAGAUAGCAGAGGAGAUUAUAUCGCACGGGGAGGAGACGAUUAAAGCGAGGCUUAAUCUGCUGUAUCGGAAGAAGCGGGAAAUUUCGGCUGACCUGGCAGCGGCUGAGAAGGAGCGGCGGGCAGCUGCGGAAGAGGAUAAAGCGCGGCGGGCAGCGGUGAAAAAGGAGAUUAUAAGAGAGGCGGAAGUAGUGGUGACUACGUUGAAUGCGUGUGGUGGAGAUGUGUUUACAGCCUGUUGGGAAGGGGCAGGGGAGAAAGGGGGGAGAGGGGGAGGAGGAGCAGAGGGGAUGGGUGGUGCUGCUGCUGGUGGGAGGUUUGGGGGGAGUGGGGGGAUGGGAGGGGGGGUUCUUGGAGCGAGGGGGAGGGGAUGGGGAGGAGGCAUGGGGGGAGGACUGAGGGGAGGAGCUUCAGGUGGUUUUUCAGGUGGAGGGUCAGGUGGGGUGCUGCCGUCGUGGAUGGAGGGGCUGUUUGAUGCAGUGGUGAUCGAUGAGGCUGCUCAGGCAUUGGAGCCCGCCACACUGAUUCCCCUCCAGCUGCUUAGUCGGAUCAGCAGCCGAUGCAUCAUGGUGCGUGCUGACUUGGCCUUGGAGCCCGCCACACUGAUUCCCCUCCAGCUGCUUAGUCGGAUCAGCAGCCGAUGCAUCAUGGUGCGUGCUGACUUGGCCUUGGAGCCCGCCACACUGAUUCCCCUCCAGCUGCUUAGUCGGAUCAGCAGCCGAUGCAUCAUGGUGCGUGCUGACUUGGUUGGUGGAGUGCUGCCGUCGUUGACAGAGGGUCUGUUUGAUGCAGUGGUGAUCGAUGAGGCUGCUCAGGCCUUGGAGCCCGCCACGUCCAGCUGCUCAGUCGAAUCAGCAGCCGAUGCAUCAUGGUACGUGUUGACUUGGUUUCAUUAUUGCCGAAUUAGCAGCCUUCGGUUCGAGCACUCGUUCUUCUUCCCUCCCAUCCCAUUUUACCAGUCUGUACUCAUUGCCAUUAACUCUCCACCCAUUUUUACCCCUCUUCACCUCUCUCACCAGGUGGGCGACCCCAAGCAGCUCCCAGCCACAGUUCUCUCCCGCACCGCAUCCAACCUCCGCUACGAGCGCUCGCUCUUCGAGCGACUGCAGACGUCUGGUUACCCGGUUACCAUGCUGUCCACCCAGUACCGCAUGAACCCCCACAUCUCCCGCUUCCCCUCCUCCUUCUUCUACCAGUCUCUCCUCUCUGACGCUCCCUGCGUCACCACCCCCUCCUGGUCCUCCCCCUUCCAAGCCUUACCAUCCAAUUUCACCUCACCGUCCUCGUUACAGUCUGAUUCGUUACAGGCUGAGCAGCGGCAGUACAGUGUAGGGUCCACGGCCCCGCUGCUUCCAUAUGGCGUGUUUGACGUGGAGGAUGGCGUGGAGAGGACGAAAGGGCCAGCAGGAGCCCCUUCUCUCUGCAACGAGGCUGAAGCAACGGCUGCACUGGAGUUGUACCGGCUGCUGCAGCAACGGUAA